AUGGAUGACGAUGCAAUUCAGUUGUCGGACAAAUUGGCGGGACUUCGCGUCUUGUGGCAUAUGAGGAUAGCCGGGCCUGUAUAUGGGUCCAUUCCGCCGGUGGGUGUGAUGGCCACGGAGGAGGUGCGAGAGGCGGUGCAGAGUCAGGCGGAGACGGUGGAGGAAAUUAGACAAAUGCUCGGUCAGGUAGGGCAGCUGAGUUUGUCAUUAACGGACUCCCUAAGCGACCGGCACCCAACCCAUACGCUUCUAGACGGACUACGCCAGUCUAAGAAGGAACUUGCCGUCUUCGACCAACCACUCAAUGUCCGGUUUGAGCUCUUCAAAGCAAACUACGCGGAAAGCAACCAUGCACUAGAAGUCUGGCAACCAACUGAUACUGAGGCUUUUCCCACCUUGACCACUCACUAUAAAAAUCAACUGCUACCAGCCAUCCGGAAUUUCCCCCAUCUCAAAGCCAAAAUCAAAGCAACAGAAACCCCCGACGUUGAAUUAUACAAGCUACUAUUAAGACGAUAUAGCAGCAAAGCCGGCAAAGCAGGACGCACCUCUACCGGUCUUCGUGGUCAACCGAAGAGUGUUCGCAAACUCUCCAAGCAUCGUGAGUUAAGGAUCGAGGCAAUUCCCGAGCUCGUGGGCUUCAUGCCCAAACUGUCAGCCUUUCCUAAGACAGCUGCUACGCAGUUAGAAUCAAAUAGGAGUGGUGAUCGGUUAACAGAGGAGGGAGAUGAUGACGACGAUUUUACCAGUGACAACGAGUCCGAGUAG